GUGACGGGGGAGGGUCGACCAUACCGGCCUGGGAUGGUCACCCAAAGGGGUGGCGACGAUAUGCUCGAGAAGUUGCCUGGUUUGUGCAGGGAACCAAGCACAACCAGCGGCGCUGCCUGGCGACCCGUCUGAUCGGUCGGCUGACUGGCAGCGCCAGGCUUUUGGCUAUGUCUUGGCCCCAGGGCGAGUUCGACAAUGACUUGGGGGUCUUGAUCUAUCUUCGUAAGCUGGCUCAGUCACCGCUCGUCAGGCGAUCGCUUCCGAACGCGGCCGCGAUCAUGUCCCAGUACUUCCAGUUCAAGCGGCAGCCGGGCGAGAGCAUCACCACCUUCCUCGUGCGGGAGACGCUUGGCUUUGAGGAGUUCAACGAGGCGUUGGUUCGCUUGAGGGAAGAGAGACAGGGCAUGACCGUGGAUAAGCAGCUGUUCGGCUUGGAGACGCUCCUGAAGAAGGAAGAGGAGAAGGAAGAUUGGUGGUCCGAGUCUACCUCAAGGCCUUGGUGGAAGCGGGGCUGGUAUGAUGGAGACGAGGAGGACCCCUCGGAAGCAGCCGGAGCCGAUUCCCAGGAGCGAGAGGCCCCUCUUGGGGGCUAUGAGCAAGAAGAGGCAGCGGCGGCAACGACUUCACCGGCCAACCGUGGCCCACCCGAAGAUCAAGGCGGUGAAGGUCAGACACCUCAGGAGGCGACUUCACCUGCCUCUCGCCGUUUGUCCAAAGGGCUGGAGCGGAUUGCCAAGGGCAGUCAGACCGACGAUGACACCUUUGACAGCUUCAUCCUCGACGUGCUGCGCGGCUGGCGGCUCCUGCAAGCAGCGAGCCUUUCCCUGGAAGAGCGUGCUUUGGGACGAGCAGCUUUCGGCUACGAGGCACAAUGGGCCGAGCAAGGCCACUGGGGCGAAGACGAAUGGUACGAUGAUGAAGGAGACCAGUGGCAGUACUACGGCGAGGCAGAGGAACCAUGGAACCAUGAGUGGGCCCAAGGGCCACAGGAGCCCGACCCAGAUGCAUUCACCGCGGCCGAGCUUGAUGAUGGGCAAGUUCGCGAGGCUCUUCAAGCAGAACGGGCUGCCGAGGCGAUGGCGGCAGAGGCGGCCAUGACGUGGAAAAGGGCCCAGCAAGCAACGGCGGCCGUGAGAAAGGACCGUGGCUUUGGUGCAUCAGCGGGUUCAGCCUUCCGGGCGGCUAUGUCUACAGAUCAGUGCCACAAGUGCGGCUCAUAUGGCCACUUCGCUCGAGAUUGCAAAGGUGGCAAGGGACGGCCCAAGGGUGCGAUGAUGACGGACUACUAUGAGUACGAGCCGGCCGGCUAUGAUGCGAUCUACUUGGUGGGUGGCAAAGGCAAGAAGAAGGGAAAGACCAAAAGCCAUUUCGGCAUGAACAAAGGACCGAUGAACAAGGGCAAAGGAGGCAAGCAUCCCAGAACCUUCCCGGGCGUGAAUGCAUAUGGCUUGGAGAUGCUUGGCUCUGAGGGGGGCACCGGGCAAGAUUAUCAUGUGUCCUCGGAGAAGGACGCUAUUCCUCCGACUUCGGGCCUCCUGGACUGUGGUGCAACAGCCUCUGCAGGACCGGAGGCCAGUGUUCAAAGGCUCAUUGCAGCAGUCAUUGAGCAGGAUUCCCAGGCGACGAUCACCAUCGAUCAAUCCCGUCGGCCAUACUUUCGCUAUGGGUCUGGGGCGUGGGGUGUGUAUGCCCUUCCGAACCGGCCUGAGUUUGUGGAGUCCUGGUUUAGACCUCAUAUGCUGGUUCCCAUCUUGGUAGGGAUGAGCCACAUUGGGAGCACUGGAGCUGGGAUGAUCAUUGACUUUAAUGACGGUUCCUACUUGAAUGCUGCAGACCUAGCUAACAAGCGACAGCGACCUCCCGAUGAUCCUCAAUACCUGACCUCCAACUCCAAAGGCCACUUCAUGCUCGACAUUGUCCACUACCUCACGGGAGGCCAGGAUUUGCCUCUGCAGUACAUGUUUCCACUUGAGAUAGAGGAGAAUGUGUUGACUGUGGUGGGUUCUGAGAACAUGAACACAGAGUUGCGGCGCACUUUCAUGCGGCAGAUGCUGACGCGACAUGCUCCUGCAGACCCACGAGACUGCCGGGCCUUGCGGACGCAGUGGCCCUGCUACGGGCACCACCCCGAGGUGGCGAUUGGCAACAACAAGUUCGCCCAGUGGAAGUCCUGCGCGGUCUGUUCAUACAGACUUUCCUACGUUCCCAGGGAAGGCGCCCCAGGAUCCGACUCCAAGACAGAGAACUUCCCAACGGUCCGGCGAGCUCUUUCAACGCUGCACGGGGACAUUGGGGAUGUGCAGCCGGAUGCGGAGAUGGUUCGUGUGGCCAUCGAGAUGGAGUACGCCAAGAACAUGUACCACCAGCUGAUUCAGAAGUUCGACAAGAAGCGUGCGGUGGCGACUGUGCCGCCCAAGGAGAUGAUCGAGGGCACGCCAUCCCAAGCGGCCAUGCCGAGCAAGGCCAAGGGCUACCCGAGCGAGAUGAAGGGGACCACCCGGGAGACCAUCGCCGAGCUCGUCGAUGACAAGUUGGUCGGUGACGGGAUCCCCAACACUUCAGUGAACAGGCUUAUGCCAAAGCGAGUUGCCAAGGGCAUCAUGGUCAUGGCGACGGUUCUCACCAACCUCUACCGGAGUGAGUUGCAGGCCCUCGUUGCACGGACGGGCCAGUUCAGUGUGUGGGAGGUUGGUUGUAGCACUUCGUCUAUGUUGACUACAGCGUGCCUUGCCGAGGGGUUGCAAGCCUUUCGGGUGAACCACGUGAACGGCUUUGACCUUUACAAAGAGGAGACCUACGGCAACCUCAGGCAGCUAUUCGAGAGGCACAAGCCCCGCCGCAUCUGGUUCUCUCCUCGGAGUGAUCGUUGGCAACCGUGGAGCCAUCUUAACCAUUUGUCGUGGCAGGAGCGCCAGACUUUGGAAAGCCGACGGCGACAUGAAAGGACCAUGCUGAAGCGCAUGGUCGACUUCCUGGCCUGGGCCCUCAACCGAAACUCCUUGCUUGAAAUCUUUUGGGAGUGGCCUACAGAGAGCCUGGGAUGGAAGGAGCCUUCAACGCAGCUCCUGGAAAAGUCGGUGUGGCUGCGCAACCGCGAUUGGCAUCAAUGUCGAGUUGAUGGGCGCCGCUAUGGGUUGCGCCUAGAUAACACUGGGCCCUUCGUCAAGAAGAGAUGGACAAUCCGGACUACGUGCCCCAAGUUCCACGCCCUCUUCAAGACGAAGGUCUGUGUACAAGAACACCAGCAUGUGCCAGUGCCUGUGAUGGAAAAUCAUGGGCGCAUCGACUACCCGUGGCGCUUUGCAAGCUCGGUUGCCAAGGCCUGGAAGGAUCACUUGUUGCCGUUGCGCCACUUUGGCGCAAAGUCGAUCCUUUACAACUUUGCCAACGAGGAGAUUGAGGAGGAGGAGGCCAACCCGGCUGACGACAACCGAGAUGAGAUCGAUGGCCCCACCGAGGAGGAGCGAAAAGCCUGGGAGCGAAAGCUCCGACCUGACGGGGAGACCUGGGUCCCCUCAAAACGGCUGAAGUGGAAGCAGGCUCCACCCAACUUUCCACUUCCGGUUCAUGUGCCUCCACCUGUAAAUGAAUAUGGUGUUCCAGAGGACUGCGUGGAGUACGAGCCGAGCCUCGAUGAGGAGGAGCCUACAGCAGCCCUCGGGACCGACUUUGGUGACCUCGAGACACAUUCGGAUGUUGAGUUGGUCACUGGAGGUGAAAAGCGCGAGGCGACAUCUACAGACGUGCCCCACUCGGCUAAGAAGCCAAAGACCAACGAGGUGGAGGAUGAGUUCACCCUCCACACGGCCUUGCAGGAGGCAGAGCACGCCUAUGUGAUGGAGCUUGAGUU